CAUAAAUCACCUCAUCAACCUCGGAUUACAAAACUCAUUAUUAUUCCGCUAGCUACUUCUUUCUCUGUUUCAUCAUGUCUUUCAAAGAAGAAGAACGAUCACCAUUGCAACCACUAACAUAUGGAAACCUAAUCACAAUUCUUAGUAUCGAUGGAGGUGGAGUACGAGGCAUCAUUCCAAGUGUCAUCCUUGAAUUUUUGGAAACCGAACUACAGAAAUUAGACGGUAAGAAUGCACGACUGGCAGAUUAUUUUGAUGUGAUAGCAGGGACAAGCACCGGUGGUCUUGUGACAGCCUUGUUAACUACUCCCGGUGAAGAUAACCGUCCACUUUUCACAGCUAAGGAUGUUAAAGAUUUUUAUCUUCAACAUUGUCCUAAAAUCUUUCCAUGUGAUAGCAAGCACCAUUCGUUAGCUGCUGCUAAAAAGGCGAUCAAAGCUCUAUCGAGACCAAAAUAUGAUGGUGAACACUUACAUAAAGUUAUUCGAGAAACACCGAAAGAAAAACAACUUAACAAAACAUUAACAAAUGUCGUGAUUCCAACGUUUGACAUCAAAUAUUUGCAACCUAUGAUCUUCUCAAGCUACCAGAUAAAGAAGAACCCAAAUCUUGAUGCUAAGUUAUCCGAUAUAUGCAUUGGAACAUCAGCUGCCCCAAUUUAUCUUCCUCCAUAUUCGUUCAAAACAAAAGAUUCUAAAGGAAAAUUACUUAAAGAAUUCAAUCUUAUCGAUGGUGCAAUAGCAGCCAACAAUCCGACUUUGGUCGCCAUAAGCGAAGUAACAAAGGAAAUAACCAGAGGUGGUGAAAACUUUUUCCCAAUAAAACCAACAGAAUAUGGACGAUUUCUAGUAUUGUCAUUGGGCACUGGGUCACCAAAAUUUAAAGAAAAGUAUGGUGCUACAGAGUCAUCAAGUUGGGGGAUUUUGGGGUGGGCAGCCGGUGGUGGCUUAACUUCAUUGGGGGAUGUAUUUACUAAGGGGAGUGGUGGUGUCUCAGUUCCAUUGGUGGAUGUAUUUACUCAGGCGAGUGGCGAUAUGGUUGAUUAUCAUAUCUCUGCUGUCUUCCAAGCCCUUCAUUCACAAGAAAAUUAUCUUUGUAUUCAGGAUGACACUUUAAGUGGGAACUUAACUUCCAUGGAUUUGGCAACACAAGAAAACUUAGAAAAUCUUGUGAAAGUGGGACAAAAGUUGUUGAAAAAAAAAGUGGCGAGAGUGAACUUGGACACGGGCAUAUAUGAGCCUUACCAUCAUACCACCAACGAGAUGGCUUUAAUAAAGCUUGCGAAAAUACUCCACAGGGAGAAGAAGGAACGAGAACUUAGAUCACCAAGUACUAAUAGAGGAAGAAUUACACAAGAAGAGUCGAUGAAAGAACAAAUUGCACUUUCACAAAGAACACCAGCGCUCUCAAAUGCACUUCAUCACUCUCUUCCAAAUUUACAUAAGCUCAACCCAAACUAAGAUUUUCUUUCUUGUUUAUGGAUUUACAUGGUUUGUUCUGAAUGAAGUUCGUAGUUAUGUUGUUUAGUUGAAUACUUAAUUAAUCGAUGUAACCGUAUUGUUCCACACUUUCAGUU